AUGUGCAACUUCGUCCAAUGCCUUGCGAAACACAUCGAUAUCCGAAGGAUGUCCGUGUCAAGGACUGCCUACUGGGCGGCUUGGGCCGCCAUUGGCCCCUCAGAUGCUGCGCCCACGGGCCGCGCGACGGCCGCGGCCGACGCACUGCUGACAGCGCGGGUGCUGGCACCGCGGCAAGUGCUGUUGAUGCUUGGGCCCGAGGGUGAGGCCUUUCGACGGAGCUGGUGCGUCUUGGAGAUGGCGGUGGCCACCGGCUUGGGGGAGGCUCGGAAGGAUCACCAGAAGCCGCGCAGCGGCACCUUAGACUUGGUCACGAUGCGCCCGGAUGUCCGGCUUCCGGUGGUGUUGACAGACGGGCUGACGGAGGUGGAGGAGGAAUGGGAAGCGAAGCACCCUGGUAUGGGGCACAUUGGCAAGACCGACCGAGAGAAGAGCUUCCCUUUGGAGGCAUUGCAUACUGGCCUCGGCGUGGAUUUCGCAUCAUGCAAGACCUCCGUGCCGGCUGAAAGGACAUGGAUCUACCACUUCCUGGAGAGGUUGGUCCUUGUUGACGAGCCGGCGAGCGCAGAGGGCAUCAGCCGCCACCUCCGGAGCUUUUUCGCCCGCACUGCGGUGGUGCAGGUGCUCAACAGGCAGCUCCCAGUGGCACCCUACUUGGCGGUGAUUGCUCAGAACGUUGUGCAGAAGGAGUUGACACUUCCCUGCCUCGCUCAUGUCUUGGAGGAUCCAGAGACCUUUUUGUCGUUAUUGUCCCAGUCCUUGGCCAGCUUGACGGAGCUGGAAAGCCUGAAGUUGGACUUGGGAUGGCGGAGCAUCUAUGCCAAUGGCCACGUGUCGCACCUGGCCUCUGCAGAGUGUUUGGCCGAAGGGCUCCGAAACUUGGGCCAUUUGAAGGAACUCGCACUUCGGCUCAAUGGUUGCGUCAACUUGCUGCACCUGGGCUGGUCGCCAGCGCCGCCCACGCUGACGCUGCAACGCUUGGAGUUGCGACUGGAUGGAUGCGAGCGGCUACAGGACCUCUCAGAGCUGCUGCGUUGCAUCGGUGACUUGCAACAGCUGACAUCUUUGCAGCUCUCCUUGGCAGGCUGCAAAGGGCUGAUGGUGGAUUCGGACCUGGUCUUGCUGGGGAAGAGCCUUCGCCAGCUGCCAAAGCUCAGGCAGUUGUUCUUGGACUUGUCGGGUGCCAAGCGGAUCUUCUAUGUGAUCGAGCUGGGUAAAAGCAUUCGAUGCUUAAGGGAUUUGCAGGAGUUCCACUUGGACCUUUCCUUUUGCGUGAACCUCUCAGACAUCUCCCAUUUGGGCAACAGCAUCCGGAUCUUAUUGACUGAGACGACGUUCGGAACGGGACCCUUCAUGCUGAAGUUGGAAAAGUCCGGCGUUCGCAUCAAUCGUGAGAAGGUUGUGGGCUACGACACGGCCCAAGGCUUUGUGAAAGCCUUGGGUGUGAGGGCUUUGUCCGAUCCGGAGGAUGACGUGGGGCUGCAAGUGGAGAAGCCCCAGAGCACGGUCUGGCUGACGCACUUGGAGGAGAUGGCCAUCAAGCGGAGCUUCCGAUUACCCAUGGGCUGCCAAGGCUUUCACAAGGGAUGUCCUCGCCUCUACUGA